AUCGUUAAUGCUUCGUAGAUUAUGAUUGCAAAGAGUUUUUAAAUUGAACUGACAUUAGAAGACUGUAAGUGAAAAUAACUACAAGAUAGGAAGUUCUUGGCUGAAAACAAACACCCCGAUUAAUGAGAAUUCACGUUCAGUUACACCAUUACACCAGCUAUGGAAGAUAGAGGAAGCCCAAUGUCGUGUUGCCAAAAUUGUAAUUACUUACUUUCGGUUUUGAAAAAAAGAGAACAAGAGAUUACAUUGCAAAUGAAAUUGUUUAAAGAAACAAUAUCGUUGUUGAAUCAGGAACAUCAAGCAUUGUUAUAUGAAAGGCUAAACGCUUUGUCAGAAAACCAACGUCAAUAUUUUAAAGAUGUGGGAAGACUUUGCGAAAACGAUUGCGUUCGUUGUUGUUUUUUUCAUAUUUGCAAAACCUAUUUCAAGCAUACUGAAGCCUUAUGUGGUCGUUCUUUAGAAAAGGUAAUAACAUAUUUGGCAGGGAAAAAAAAUUUACUAGAUGAAGAUGAUUUGAAAUGCUAUGCAUUCAUGAGUAUUUUACAAAAGGCGAAAUUUGUUUCCUUUCUGAAAAAAAUUGAAUACACCAAUGAUCCAUUCUUGCGGGGAGAAAAGAUCAGAGAAGCUUGGGAAGUUAUGACAGACAAGUCUCGUGACACACCUGUCCUAAUGGUCGGCCGAAUCGUGGCUAAUAAAAUUGGUCAUUGCGAAUGGUCGUGCUUAAAACGAGAUAGCGAUGGUCAAGCUACCAUAUAUGAUUCACAGUCAGGAACAACAACAGAAAAUCUUGACCAGUUUAAAAUUCAUGUUCAGCAUGACGCUGGAGUGGAGCUGUACCCUGUUAACAUGACCGACCUAGAAUACUUCAUUGAGAGGUAUAAACAUGUUAUACAAUGUAACUCUAAUGUUGCUACUGCUGCUACUGAUACUGACCAAAGCACAACAAGCAAUCUCGGAAGCAAAGCUAUUGCAACUGGUCAUUGUGAAUGGCUUUGCCGAACAUCAAGUUACAAUGGUCAAGCUAUGAUUGUUGAUUCUCAGUGUAGAAUCAAAAGAGUGGAAAAUUUUGAUGUCUUCAACAUUCAUGUACAGAUUGACGCUGGAUUCGUGCUGUACGCCGUUAACAUGAUCUACCUUGAACAGUUCUUGAAGAAAUACAAAGACGUUCUGCGAUGUAACCAUGCUAAUAUUACUGACAAUAGCACAACAAGUAAUUUCUUAAGUACGUCGACAGCAAUGUAGGUUCAUGAAAAUUUGCCUGAGUUUCGUGACAAGCAUUUAACUCUAAUGACGUUCAAAUUAGAUUGGAUUAGCUGUAAAGGAUAAUAAAAAUUUUUAAAAUGUGGAAAGGAAUUGUGAAAACGAUUUCGUCCUAUUGGUUGUAAAGCGAGUCAUGUGACUGUCAAUACAUUAUGAAGCAUUAAAAUACUGUUUAAUUUAUGCAAACUAAUUCAAUAUGCACGCAUAAAUCAAAGUAUUGCGUUUUUUGAGACACCCUGUAUAAACUUGUUUGUAAAAAUUCACAAAAUUGAAAGAGUGAAUAAAGGCAAUGAACAAAACAUAUCCCAAACGUAAUGAUCAGAAAAAAACUACAAGCUAAUUUCACCAAUAUUUAUUGACAACGAAGAGGCCCUUAUCAAAAAGCUGUGUACAGUGUAAUGAACGAGAAUGAUACGAAAACAAAUUUGAUUGCAUGUUGUAUUUACGUACAUGUUCUAUACACAGUAAUUGAUCUGAAAACAAUUAAAAAUACAAGUUUCAUUUUCUAUGUUUUUAAAUGAAACAACUUAGAAACUUGUGUUGCUUGUAUUUCAUUGCGUAAAGUUCACGACUUUGCCAUUAAAAACAGUUUGAUCAGACUCAGAACGCUAUGUUAGUCAAUACAAAAGAUUCUUCUUAGUCUUCUACUUUAUUUAAUGAUUUUUGAGCACUGAACAGAGUACAUGAAUGUCAUUAAUUCCGAUUUCCAAUGUAAAUACUAAAUAGUUUUGGUCAUGUGAUUAUGCCUUACAUCGUCAAAUAUAAUAGUGAAAGUUGAAAUAUUACGAAGACACCGCUUCAGUGACGUGAAAUUAUUGAACGUGGGAUAAUUCACGGUAAGUAGUGAUUUGUUAUACCUUGGAUAAUAUAUAAUAAUAUAAAAUAAUAAUAAUAAUUUUAAGAACAGUUAAGUGGUAGAAAUACAAAAAAAUCAAUUGAGAACUUUCUUCCGCAAGUUAAUCUAAAA